AGAACUCGUCUACAUAAAAUCGGAAUAAUUGGCCUGAAAGCUGAAAUCGGAGAUUAUCAUUAUAAGAGCGAUGACGACAUUGAAGUUUCCAAUUCGUAUUUCUCUUCAAAAUUGGUGAACGACUACCCGAAGAAUUUUAGUAAGUUUGGCAACGAUGAGAUUCCUUGCUGAAUGGAUGCCAGUAGCCCCACCCAUGGACGAGGAAGGACUUAAUUUCAAAGAAGGGGUCAGUGUCAAACAAGAGGUCAUUAUCAAGGAAGAGGUCAAUAUAACAGACGACUUCAAUAUCAGAGAAGUUCAAGUCAAGGAAGAAAUUGACGAGGAUGUCGGUGAAGAUAACUGGAUGGAAAUAAAGGAAGAAAGCAUUGACUAUGGAGAUGAAGGAAAUAACGAAGUGCGUGAGGCAAACAUAAAAUAUGAGAAUCCAAUGUGUAAUGGUGUUAAGGUCUUGCGUGGAGACGGAGAGGGGGAGUGUGCUACAUCAAUAGGUGAAUAUAAUGGUGCAUUGUCAACUGUGCCCUUUCUGACUGAGAAAGUGAGCUUGUCGGAUAGUGAUCAUUCAUAUAAAGAAAGAGGUCGAGAAGGAAUUUUCAGUUGUGAAGUAUGUGACAAGAGCUUCCCUUGUAGGAAAAAGUUUAUGAUUCACAAGAGAAUACAUACAAGGACGAAAACCCAUUCUUGUGAUGUAUGUGGGAAGUUAUUCGGACUAAAAGGUAAACUCCUCAUGCACACGAGAGUCAUACAAAGGAGAAGCCUUUUACUUGUGAGAUAUGUAACAAAACAUUCAGUUGGCGUAACGGUCUAAGUAAUCACAUGAAACUACAUAGAGAGGAAAGGCGUUUUAAAUGUGAGGUUUGUUUCAAAACAUUCACUCACAAACAACAUUUGGAGAAGCACAUGGUAGUGCAUGCGAAGGAAAAGGCAGUGACAUGUAAUGAAUGUCACAAGCAUUUCUCUCAUAAGGAUUCCUUGAUAGUGCACAUGAGAAUACAUACUAAGGAGAGGCCUUAUAAAUGUGACGUUUGUUUCAAAGCAU